UCAAAAAAUGGCGCUCAGAAUUACGGAACAGUGGAUCAGAGAACGUGUCAAGUUAAAACAUGAUCAUUUGGAUGAUGUGAAAUCUCUCUCACUUCCUGGUGCAUAUAAUGAGAAGAUUUCAUCACUGGGUACAGCUCUUCAUGGAUUCACUCGACUCAAGUCCUUGGAUCUGUCAAGGAACUCUCUUAUAACUACUGAGGGUCUGGAGAAUCAACAAACACUGGAGUCUCUGAACCUAUACUACAAUAACAUAUCUAGUUUGAAGGAUUUACAUGGGUUAAGGAAUUUGGCAAAUCUAAAGGACUUAGAUCUGCGGUUAAACCCAGUCACCAAAAAUGAAGCCGAUUACCGUCUGUUCCUUGUCCACAUGCUACCAAAUCUACGGCGACUUGGAUAUUUGUGA